UACAGCCUGUACAGAGAAGAGGAGAUCACUCUCUACCCAGAUAAACACGGCUGUGUCAGGGACCUGCUGGAGGAAUGUAAAAAAGCUGUGGAGCUCUCCGACAAAGGCUCAGAGAAGCUCCGACUGUUGGAGAUCGUAAGCUAUAAGAUCAUCGGGGUUCACCAGGAGGACGAGCUGUUAGAAUGUUUAUCUCCCGCCGCCAGCCGUACCUUCAGAAUAGAGGAACUUCCUCUGGACCAGGUAGACCUGGAUAAGGACACUGAGAUGUUGAUUCCCGUCGCACAUUUCCACAAGGAGGUCUUUGGAACGUUUGGAAUCCCUUUCCUGCUGAAGAUCAGACAGGGUGAGCCGUUCAGAGAUGUGAUGAGGAGGAUUCAGAGCAUGCUGGAAAUCCAGGAGAAAGAGUUUGAGAAGUUCAAGUUUGCGAUUGUGAUGAUGGGCCGGCAUCAGUACAUCACUGAGGAUGAGUACGAGGUCAACCUGAAAGACUUCCAGCCACAGCCAGGUAACAUGUCCCACCCUCGACCCUGGUUAGGCCUGGACCACUUCAACAAAGCCCCGAAGAGAGGUCGCUAUACCUACCUGGAGAAAGCUAUCAAGAUCCACAACUGAGCAACCCUCCUCUCUCUUCUUCCUCAUCCCUCCUCUUCCUCUCUUCCUCCUCUCUCCUCUUCCUCCUCUCUCUCUUCCUCCUCCUUAACCCACCAUAACCACAGACUGUAACCAACCAAGUGUCUGUGCCCCACCUCUAACACCUUCCACAGACAGACACCGUGAUGUCUCCUCCUGUCUCUGUCACACGGAUCCAUCCAUCCAUCCAUUAGCAGGCUGCUGAUGAUCAUGAUGAUGAUGAUGAUACUAUACCACCUCUUCUACCCAACCCCCCCUCCUCUCAAACCCCCUCUCCCUCUUCCUCCCCCCCACCACCACCCUUCUACUGUUUUUGAGGCUGUUAAGUUUUUGGCUUCUAACUCCGACUGCCUAUUUUUGUCUGGAUGAAAGAAAUGAAAUUGGAGAAAAGGACAGGAUGAUGAACUUUACUUUUUCCUGGUUUAUUUUUUGUUUUUGUUUUUAAUAAUAAGAGUUGUUUCAAAACGUAAAGAGCGCUGCUGCAUAUAGUGGGGGGGUGACGAGGCAGAGAAAAGUGAGCCAUCAUCAUUAGCAGAAACCAAGAAGGAUGAUUUGGUCUUUUAAAGAAGAGAACCAGAAGGGGUGAAGCUUGAGACUAGUAUUCCUGAUGUGAUCCUCUUCAUAUCCCCCCUCCCCUUUAGUCAACUAGUCAGUGUUUCCAUCUUUAAAAACAAAUUCAGUUUUUGUCUUUUUUCUGCAAUAUCUUCUUGUAUAAUAAAAUAAAAAUCCACAGCAUCUGUUUAAAAUAAAUGUAAAAAGAGAACAAGUGGUCUGUACUUUCAUCUUGCACGUUGCCACUUCAUAUCAACGCCGUUUCUCAGGACUGGUAAAUGGCAACUUUGGUCGUACGUAUGAUUUUAAUGUUGCCCUUCCUCUCCUCUUCCCCUGUUCCGUUCCCCCUCUCUCUCCCAGGGUUUGUUUCUCCUGUUCCCUCCCUCCCUCUCUCUCCCGGAGGGUUUGUGAUGGCGUGUAUCUCUGGUGUUUGUGUUGGGGGAGUUUGACUGAGCAGCGCUGCUUUAGUAGGAAGCCUCGGCCAUUAGUGAGCCCUCUGGUUUCACCAUAUAUACACAGAACCAGUGUUACUAUAAUUAUUACUAGAACAACCAACACACUGACCGAUUUUCUUAAGCACAGAUGGAAUGCCCCCCUCCCCCCCCUAAAAACCCAUCAUAGUUGGCUUUGUGAAGAGAUUUGAAAUUGUGUGUGUAUAUAAAAAUAAAAAAAACGAAAAAAAACAUGUAGAAUGAGAAACACAGAAUGUUGUUGAUUGGCUACAAGUUGAAAUGAUUCAGGUGUUCAUAUUCCUCCUGUAGUUUGUUUUUGUUUAGGGUUCCUUCAUUUCUUUAGAUCCUUGUUGUUUUUGGUUCUGUUUUCUCCUGUUUGUUUUAACUAACGGCACCCGUUGGUUCUGAUAGCGAUGUUAAGGGUUAAGAUAACGAGCUGCGGUACCGACCGGUGGGAUUAGGGUUCAGAAACGCUGCUAACUUCCCCCCCCCCUAAAAAAAAGACUCCCAGGUUUUCCACAGAUCCCAGUUGGAGGAUUCCAGACUAGCUGCGUAUACUCCUCCUGAUUCCCAGGAAUCUUCCAAAAGGGUUUUUCUGGGGAAACCCAGGGAAUUCUGGGGAAGUUACUGGAGUUUUGUCACCCUAGAUGAGAUCAGGGCAAGUUAUCCACAAAGAGUCUCUGAGUAGGGAGUGCUGGUCUAGGAUCUGUCUGUAGAAGCUUUUUCCUUUACGAUCUAGAAGGCCAAACUGCUGCUAGAGCGGCACCACUACUAUCCUGAGACUCUGGGUGGAUAACGGGCCCUGAUCAACACCCAUGUUCCUCCUUGAUUGGGUGUUUUUCCAGUUGAAGCUCGUCCCUGUAGCGGCAGUGUACCACGACUACUCCUGUAUAUUGCCUUUUUUUUGCUGGAAAAUGUAUGUUGAAUAAAAGUUUUCUAUAAAAACA